AUGUUUUGGUACAGACAGGGUAGUAACAAAGACCUGAGCCUUGUUGCCUUCUCCAUAAACAAGGAAUUUACGGAAAUAGUAGCUCCGUUUGAUAAGCGAAAAUAUGCCUUUAACCGUCCAGUGGUGAAGACAGGCUCUCUACAGAUCCACAGUCUGGAGGCUGAGGACUCAGCAGUAUAUUACUGUGCUUCCAGUAUGGCACACUGCUGUGCCACUGGAAGCCAAGCAUAUUUUGGAAAAGGAACAAAACUGACUGUUUUAGAGGAAGGCCUGAAAGUCACUGCCCCCACUGUGAAAUUGCUUCCUCCAUCCAAAAGUGAACCCUGUGACAAGGUUCAGAAGAAAAGGAAGGAAAGGUCAGUGACUCUGGUGUGUCUGGCCACAAACUUUUACCCUGACCAUGUCAAUGUGUCCUGGAAGGUCAGUGGAGUAAAUCGAACCGAUGGAGUGGGCACAGACAACAAUGCCUUACGCAGUGAAGAUAAAAUGUACAGCAUCACCAGCAGGUUGAGAAUCGGAAUCAAGGAAUGGGCGAAUCCCAACACCCAGGUCACCUGUGUGGUCCGCUUUUUCAACGGGACACACAAUGUAGAUUAUGACGACUCUGUAAAUGGACAACUUGUGCCUGGCAUGGUUGACCCAGAUUCUUAUGUGAAUUCGGCUCAAACUGCCAAGUUUGCCUACAGCAUUUUUAUUGCUAAGAGUUGCCUGUUUGGACUGUUCAUCUUCUUUUUUGUCAGGAAGUGCUCAGGAACAGCAGCACACUUUGGUCCUGGAACUAAAGUAACAGUCCUGGAUCCCAACAUUAAUGUCACAAAGCCAGAUGUAAAGAUUCUGCCACCUUCUCCCAAAGAGAUCUGUGCCUCUGAAAAUGACCAGGGCAACGUGACCCUGGUGUGUGUAGCCACAAACUUCUACCCUGACCACGUCGCUGUGUCCUGGAUGCUCAAUGAUGAGAAUGCUACCCUUCGAGUGGGAACUGACAUCAAUGCCCACCGUAUCAAUGAAUCAGCGAAGUAUAGCAUCUCCAGCCGCCUGCGAGUCCUGAAGUCAGUUUGGAAAAACACCACAAAUAUGUUCACUUGCUCUGUCCAGUUCUUUGAUGGCGAGGACUACAUUACUGUGACAGACACCAUUUAUGGCCAGAAUAAGUUGUCAGCGGAUCGAGUGCGACGGUACAUGAACACGGCGCGCUAUGCCUACCUCCUGUUUCUGGUCAAGAGCAUGGUGUACGCUGUUGUGGUGGGCGGCCUGGUGUGGAAGAUCGGGAGGGGCAACAAGAAGGCUGUAAGUGAAUGAUGAGCUAACCUGGAAGAAUGGCACACUUAAAAGUGUUACUUUGUAUAACUAUUCUAGAGUGUGAUUUCAAAGACAAUUUUGUUUUUCAUUAUUCAUAAUCAAUUCUGUGUAUUAUGCAAAUGUACAUGCAUCUCUUGUAUUUCAUUGUUGUUGCUAUGUGUCUAUGUGCUGUGACAAUGCUUAUUAUCCUAAUGAGACAAAAUAAUAAACAUUGCUUUAAUCAACAUA